AUGAACUCCCAGGGGUUCUCUUUUCCUCCUCCCCCUCCUCCUCCUCCCUCCCAGCAACAACAACCGCAACAACCGCAGCCGCAGCAGCAACAAUACCGUCACCAUAAUGCCAACUACCCUCCUCAAUAUGGCGGUCAGGGCUAUUACGGCCAACGAGGUGGUCAUGCUCAGGGUGGCCAUUUCAGAGGACGUGGGAGGGGCUAUGGAAACCGAGGAGGCGCCCGUGGAGGUCACUUCAUGACACCAGAUAACCGCGCGUACCCUACCGCUACACCGUCGACUGGCUACGCUCAGAUGAACUACUCUGGGUAUGCCACGCACCCAAACCCAGCAACCCAAGCCGCUCCUUCGCCAUCGCAAAACUUUCAACGGGCCCCGAAUACCUCCUCCUUCCCUCCUUCGCAGCCUUUUACGCAAACCGCAGCCCGGGUGCCGCCUUACCAAGGCCAGCCAAACUAUGGGGGAACUUAUACUCCGCCUACCGCUCAACCUGGGUCUAUGUAUCCUUCGGCCAUGCCUACCCAGCAGCCGGUCAACCAGCCAGUUCAGACGCCCAUGGUUGCCCCGCCUAUGCGCUGGGGGUUUGAGCAUACGGGACCGGCAGGCUCUUUCGCCGGAGCUCAGCGCGGCGGACGCUUCAAUGGUCAUAACGCUCAGCCACACAACGGGGAUAGAACAACACACUAUGCCAACAAACGCGAUCAUAAUGCGGCCUUUGGAAAGCCCCAGUCUGUCGCACCGCGAGUUCCCGCUCCGCCUCCGGUUCCAAGCUUUGGAAACCCACUCCCCGUCAAACCCCCGCCACCCGCUGAUGCCACAAGGAAGCCAAAGAAGAAGAAGAGAAAGCACAAUCAGCUUGGACUGACCCCGAGAACCGAAGAGCAUGAGUCGAGCGAGGAGGAGGACGAUGCCGAUGAAGAAGCGAGGUCAGCCUCAGCAGCUGCCAACACCACAGCUCUCAAGGUCACAUAUCGCGGGAAGACUUCCACACUGCAGUCGCCAGAGGAAAUUGCUGCCUGGAUCGAGGAACGGCGAAAGCGGUAUCCGACGCAGGCGAAAGUGGAAGAGAAGAAAAAGGCCAUGGAAGAGGCGAAGAAAGCACGCCAGGAAGUACAGCGGCAGAAGGAUCAGCGAAAGCAAGAGUCCAAACGAGCGCAGAAGGACGGUCGAAAUAAGAAAGCAAACGACAAGCAGCAUAAUGACCAACCGGUCGACCCCAUGGAUGCUGCGGCAAAGGCCAAGGAGAAGGCGGACAGACUACGGCGGAAGCUCAUGAAAGAAGAGAAGCGAGUGGCCAAAGCCGAGGCUGAUGCUGAAAGGGCUCUAAUGAGGGCUGAGGCAUUGCAAAAAGGUUCGGCCGAUGCCAACAUAGACGAAACUUCGGCCACUGGACAAACCCAACCGGCUUCUGCAACCGGGACCAAGGCAGAUGCAGGUUCGGAAGACAAAUCUGUCAAACCCGGGCCUGCUGUGUCCGAGGAAUCAGGAGUCACCAACGGCGAUACGACGUCUGCAACAGAUGUCAAAAUAGACGCCGGGAAGCCCGAAGAGGCUGGGGACGAGGUCAACAUCUCGUCUCAAGAUGACUCCGAUAGCAGCGAUUGGACGUCGUCGAGUGGGUCAGAUUCCUCCUCGGAUGAAUCCGACAGUGACUCGGACUCUGCGCCGGAGGAGGCGACCUCUCGACGAGAAGGACCCGAGCGGGUACCGCCACCCCCUCGCGAGAACAAGAAAAAACCAUGCCAUCACUUUGCUCGAACCGGUCGCUGCAGGAACGGAGAUAAAUGCCGAUUUUCGCACGAGACACCUGAGCGAGGGAAGAAAGCGAAGCCAACGGAGUCUAAGGGGCGGAAGGGGCUUCUACAAGCGCUUCUGGACCGCCAAAAGGGAGAAGAAGACCGAAAAGUCAUGGAAGCAAUUGCAUGGCUCGGAGAAAACGGAUUCCUAGAUGCGCCAAAGGCCCAAGAGGAAGCUAACAGGUCGAUAUCGGUGACCGACGGCGCGGAGGCUCCGCAGCAGGCAGCCCCCAAGGAUACAAUCUCGGGGCAAGAAACCGAUGCUGCCCCAGUGACUGCCUAG